GCCAUGGUACUUUUGCUGCUUGUCGCCAUCCCACUAUUGGUCCACAGCACUAAACUGGGCGGGGCAGGAGGCGGGACACAUUACGAGAUGUUGGGGAGCUGUAAGAUGGUCUGUGAUUCUCUGACCCCCCCCACCAGUGAGCUGGUCCCCGCCUCUCCGCCUCCCCAGGACUUCCCGGGAAGUCGCCGAGGAGGAAAGUCCGGUUUCCGUGGCAGCCCAGGGUCGCCAGGACCCCCCGGUCCGCCCGGGCCGCCGGGCGAGCCGGGCAAACCCGGUCCUCCUGGGCCGCCGGGCCCGGGACCAGGAGGUUACGCUCCGUCCCUCUACAGCCCAAAAAUCGCGUUUUACGCGGGGCUGAGGAAGCAGCAUGAGGGCAGCGAGGUGCUGAAGUUUGAUGACGUGGUGACGAACGUGGGGAACUAUUACGAGCCAAGCACUGGGAAAUUCACCUGCCCCCUGCCCGGGAUCUAUUACUUCACCUACCACGUCCUCAUGAGGGGGGGGGACGGCACCAGCAUGUGGGCAGACCUGAAGAAGAACGGACAGGUUAGAGCGAGCGCGAUAGCGCAGGAUGCAGAUCAGAACUAUGACUACGCCUCCAACAGUGUGAUUCUCCACCUGGACGUGGGAGAUGAAGUGUACGUGCAGCUGGACGGAGGAAAAGUUCAUGGAGGAAACACUAACAAAUACAGCACAUUCAGCGGUUUCCUCAUCUACCCUGACUAA